AUUUUUUGGAAAUAAUUUUUCGAUUUUCCUAGUUUUUCUCCCUUCAGCUGAACGAAGGGUUGUCUUCAGUAAACAGUGUUUAUUGAAAGAAAGUUUCACCAAAUGAACCACAACAACAAAAUGUCAAUUUUAUCAUUAAUAAUUAUCUUGUUUUUCGGUAAUAUUUUCCAUAUUAAUACACUUCAUUUGAAUGGUGUUACAUUAGUGCCAAAUCAUCCACAUUCAGAUGUUUAUGUGAAUUUUUUUCACGAAUUAAUGACAGAAAUAAGUGAUGUUGGCCAAUUUAGUUAUCAAUUACGUACAUUGCCUGAAGCUAUUUAUGGUGGAGAUAUUGGUGGUAAUAUAACAACAAUAACAACAACACAACCACAAGGAUUGAUUGGUGAAAUCUAUGAAAAUCAUGCCGAUUUUAUUAUUGCCGAUAUGGAAAUAACAUCAGAACGAAAAAGAUUUGUACAAUUUACAAGGCCAUUUAUGCGUUCAAAAUUAGCUGUUUUAAUAAGAAAAUCAUCAUCAUUAUUAUUAAAUGAUAAUGGCAAAAAAGAUUUACGUGAAAUAUUACAACAAAGUAAACGUAUUGUAAUCAAAGGAUCAUUGGCUGAUCGUUAUUUUAAAACAUCCAGUAAUCCAUUAGUUUAUCAUCUUUUACCAUAUAGUAUUGCUCAAAUGGAUGUCGCUAUAAAUCUAGUAAAAUCUGAACGUGAUUAUGCAUUAGUAUCGGAUAAUGUACGAUUAGAUUUGAUUGCCGCUUAUGAUUGUGAUCUUCAAGUAAUCACUACGGAUUCAAAUGAUCCAAAAAGUUUUGGUUAUGAUUUUCAACCAGAAUAUGCAAUAGCUGUUGAAAGAAAUUCACCAUUUCUUGGUUUGUUUGAAAAAUCAUUAGAAUAUCUGGAUGAAACGGGAAAAUUAGAAUUAAUUAUUGAUCAACAUUGGUAUAAUCAAUGUGAACAACAACAACAACAACAAAUAAUGCAAGCACAACAUCAAAAUGAUUUUCCCGAUCAUCAUAUUAGCAUCGAUAAUGACAACGAUGAUAAUUAUCUAGAAAAUAAUUCUACAGAUUUUCAAACAAGUUCAUCGUAUUCAUUCAAACAACCAACAACAUUAACAUUAAUUUCUUUUGUAAAUUUUUCCAAUUUUAUUAUCAUCUGUACAAUAAUAAUAAUCAUAAUGUAAUUUUAA